AUGUCUGGUCCGUUAGCACCCACCGUAGAAAACAAAUUAAACGAUUUGAAUAAAAAGAUUGCAGAGAUCAAGAAAAAGAUCCAGCUAUCAGGUAAAAUUUAGAAAUUAACGACACUGCGUGAGAUAGUAGUGUUACGAUCGUUUGCUUAAUCUGGCUUAAUAUUCAUAUACAGUGUUUGCUACGCUCGCAUAACGUCACUUGAAAAAAAAGAAAACAAUUCGCUAAUGUUUAUUUCCCAAGCAAAUUCCUGAUUGCAUGCACAGAGAUACAUAAGAACACGUUUAACCGGAAAGACUAGAGGUUCAGGAAAAAACGUUCGUGUCGCAUAAGUGGCUGCUCGGAAAGGAAAGGAAAGAAAAGAAAAUUUCUGCUGGCGUAUCGACGUAUCAAAUGCUAUCAAAAUGCUAAUUAUAACAUGAAUAUUUCAGUGAGCGUUUCUAUUAAACGCAAAAGUAGCAAAUAUCAUUCCAGUUCGCAGGCUCGAGCAUUUGCAUAAAAUGUAAUAUAAUAUAUGAUAUAGUUGUUGACGUUGAUCAUUUUUUAAUUCGUAUUGAAUAUUCAUACUGAAUAUUGAAUGUAUAAUUUCGAAUGGUAAAUAAUUUUUAUUUAAAUUUUAGUUACAAUAUAGAAAAUACAAAUUUUCGAGAUAUCGGAUCAUAUUGACAAAUAAUUACAGUAAAUUGUUCAAUAGAAACAUUCCAGGUAAGGUAAGUAGGUUGUCAUCUUGUUAUUAUCAUUUUAGUUCACGGUUCAGGAAACUGGUACCACGAUUACUGCCUCCCUAGAUUCCUUCUAACAGUCGCUUAAAAUGAUAAUAUAAAUAAUUUGAUAUUUUUCCCUUGCAUAAAGUCUCUUUUGAGGAAAAUCGUGACAUCGUGAUUUCAGUAAUUUGGGCAAUUUAGUUUGUUUAAACUAUGUUCAUGCAUCGUAGCUUGAUCCAUCAUCAAUAUCAGUUUGGUCACGACUGGCGUUUGUUCUAUCCUUCGGCUAUUAUUAUAGAAACGGUUUUGUCUCGUUUCAUAGCUUAAUUAUUGCUCCGUUGUCUCUGAACCUACUCAAAAAAAAAAAAUAAAUAAAUAAAUAAAUAAAUAAAAAAAUAAAUUCCGUAAAAAUAUAGAAAGUGCAGGAAUUUAUUUUGCAAGGAAUAAUAUUAUCCAUCAACGUAAAAUAUUUGCAUUAAGGUAAAGAGUUGUUCAAACCAUAUUGACAAAUAUAGUUUUAUCUUGAAUCAAAACAACACUCCGUAAAGCCCACAUAAGGAAUGGAUAGGUAGAUUUUACUUAUAAGUCCUUUUUGACAAAGAAUAGAUACUAUUCUUAUAUUAGGCAUCCCGUACGAGGUAAGAUGCAUCAAUAAUAAGAAGCACAUGGCUUACGUUCGCAGAAGGACAAAGAAAAGCGAAUUUCGAGGAAUACGAGGCCAAGAAGCACGAGUACGCGGAGAAAAUCGCGACUCUCAAGCAGAGCAUCAAGGAGCUCUACGUGGAAUACGCGAGUGUGCAGAACGUAAUUGUGAAAUACGACGAUUAGAAAAGGAAGAUUGA